CCAUGUGAAGUUCAUAAACUCCCAAGAUAGAUUGCCCAAAGCAUUAGUUUACUAGAUAUAAUUACCUUUUCUUUAAUCAUUAUUCUGCAUUAAUAUUUUUAAUGGUUUUAAAAGAGUAAUCAUAGAUUGAGUAUUUGCCGAUGAAAAAAAGGUUGUCCCGUCAUUAUUUUCUUUAAACUACAUAUUGCAUGGGAAAGCAAACGGAGUCGUUUGAUAGGUUCUUUAAGGUUUUAAAACAAAGGUUUAGGUGACGAUGCUAAUUGCCAGCUACAUGAUUCAAAUACCUGCUUUCUGUCUCCAAAUUAUGGUGCAAUCAAAGAAGUUUAGAGGUGUCAGGCAACGACACUGGGGUUCCUGGGUAUCUGAAAUUCGCCAUCCGUUACUAAAGAGAAGGGUAUGGCUUGGCACAUUCGAAACAGCUGAAGAAGCAGCCCGAGCUUAUGACCAAGCAGCGAUCUUAAUGAGUGGGAGGAAUGCAAAAACCAACUUCCCCCUAUCACAAACAGCAAAUGGAGACCCGGAAGGCAAUGAAAGUUCCCAUUCAUCAUCACCUCCAAACGAACUAUCUGAACUUCUCCAUGCGAAGCUUAGAAAAUGCAGCAAGGCACCGUCUCCUUCCAUGACUUGUCUAAGGCUUGACACCGAGAAUUCCCACAUCGGGGUGUGGCAAAAGCGAGCAGGGAAGACCUCGGAUUCCAAUUGGGUAAUGACUGUCCAGUUCGGAAAAGGGAAUGCUCAAGCUUCCGCCAAGGGUUCCAAUACCCAGGGACCCUCGGCUAGUAGCGAAGUGAGAGGAGAGAUGGAUGAAGAGGAGAGAAUUGCACUACAAAUGAUAGAAGAGCUGCUUCAUAGGAACUGUUCUUCUUCAUUUGGUGUGGCAGAAGAGGAGGGUAACUUGUUUGUUUAGUCCUUAAUUUUCUUAAAUGAGUUAAGAAGUCCAUGUGUUUAUAGGAUACAAAAUAUCAUGCCAUUCAUGGGUGAAUUUAUACAUAAAAGAAUUUCAAGUAUGUGAUAGAUUAUAAUUAUAGGUUUACAGAAUAGAGAAGGUGUCAGUUAUGUUUACAAGAGACGGAAAUAACAUAAUCAUAUGAUUACACUAUUUCUCA